AUGGAAUUUGUUGGUAUGCAUGUCGUGGGUAAUAGGUUUACUUGGUUCAAAUCCAAUGGUAGUUGUAAAAGCAACCUUGACAAAUUGAUACUAACUGAGGAGUUGAUCAAUAAAUGGAACAUUGUUGUACAACAUGUGAGGGAUAGGGAUAUUUCGGAUCACAUACCAAUGUGGAUCAAAGCUAAUAAUGUGAAUUGUGCUCCUAAAUCAUUCAAGGUAUUCAAUUGUUGGUAUGAUCACCCUGAGUUUCUUGAGUUUGCGAAGAAUGAAUGGAAUUCAAUUCAGGUCGAUGGCAGUGUUGCUCAUAUUUUAAAAGAGAAAUUCAAAGUCUUAAGGACAAGAUUGAGGUGGUGA